CCAAAAAAAAAAAAAAAAAACACAGGCUGGGACCGAUAACAAUUAACAAGUGAGCCUCGCACACACAGACAUUCACUCGCAAUCCUCACAGUAUCCUAGAAGCAGCAUAACUUCCGGACUUCUUUCCCAGCUCACAGAGGAAAGAAAAGAAAAAGGGGGAAAGAAAGAACUUUUGAAUUGCAAAGGUCUCUUGUUUUUACUGCUAUAAUGGCACCUAAAAAUGAUGGGUCAGCUAAAAAGGUAAUGAACAAAGGGGCAUGGACGGCUGAAGAAGACAGCAAGCUCUCUCAGUACAUCGAAAUCCAUGGUGCCAAGAGGUGGAAGACCAUUGCAGCCAAAGCAGGUCUGAACAGAUGUGGGAAGAGUUGUAGAUUGAGAUGGUUGAAUUAUCUCAGACCCAAUAUCAAGAGAGGCAACAUAUCAGAUGAAGAAGAAGACUUGAUACUUAGGCUGCACAAGCUGCUUGGCAACAGGUGGUCGUUGAUUGCUGGGAGACUUCCAGGAAGAACUGACAACGAAAUCAAGAACUACUGGAAUUCUCAUUUGAGCAAGAAAAUAAAUCAAAAAGAAAAAAUGCAAGAAGUUGCGACGGCGCAGGAGACUACGCCGCAGCUCAAAACACGGGAUGCAGCACCCAUGGAGGAAGAGGGGGCUAAGAUAGUGGGGAGCUCAGAGCCCACUUUCGACAUAAAUGAGUUUUUUGACUUCUCCACAGAAGGAUCCUAUGGCCUCGAGUGGGUCAAUAAGUUCCUCGAGCUCGACGAGGACCAGUGGCUCACCGAAAAGAGGUGAAACCAGACAGAGAGAGGUCUGAUGAGCGCUCCUCUUUGAACAUUCACUAAAUUUGUCUAUAUAUAAUUAUAACAUCCAGACAUUUCGAGCGGUAA